GUUCCGCAAGACUCUUGUUUUACCCGGAAAUAUUUGGAGAACUUUAACUUAACAGUAGGUCGGCGUUUAACAAAGAGCUGAAACGGAAAACAUGGCUUUGGAUGUCAGAUCCAGGGCGAAACGAUACGAAAAGUUGGACUUUCUCGGAGAGGGUCAGUUUGCAACAGUUUACAAGGCGAGAGACAAAACAAACGACACCAUUGUUGCGAUUAAAAAGAUUAAAGUCGGACACAGAACAGAGGCAAAAGAUGGAAUCAACAGAACAGCCCUCCGAGAAAUCAAGCUGCUGCAGGAGUUGAGUCAUCCCAAUAUUAUUGGACUCCUUGAUGCCUUUGGUCACAAAUCCAACAUCAGUCUUGUGUUUGACUACAUGGAGACUGACCUGGAGGUUAUAAUAAAGGACACAAGUCUUGUACUGACACCAGCCAACAUUAAAGCCUACAUCCUAAUGACACUGCAGGGUCUGGAGUACUUACACCAUCACUGGAUCUUACACAGGGAUCUGAAGCCAAAUAAUUUACUGCUAGAUGAAUCUGGGGUUCUAAAACUUGCUGAUUUUGGAUUGGCUAAAGCAUUUGGGAGUCCUAACAGAGUUUAUACACAUCAAGUUGUGACCAGAUGGUACCGUGCCCCAGAGCUGCUCUUCGGGGCCAGGAUGUACGGGGUGGGUGUGGAUAUGUGGGCUGUGGGCUGCAUCCUUGCAGAGCUCUUGCUCCGGCUCCCCUUCCUUGCUGGAGAUUCCGACCUGGAUCAGCUGACGAAGAUAUUUGAAACACUGGGGACUCCAACAGAAGAGAACUGGCCUGGGAUGACCAAUCUACCAGAUUACAUCUCAUUUAAAAUGUUUCCUGGCACACCAUUGGAGCACAUUUUCAGUGCGGCGAGCGACGACCUGUUGGACCUCCUGAAGGGCUUGUUUACCUUUAACCCCUGCGCUCGUCUCACAGCCUCAAGGGCCUUGAAGAUGCAAUACUUCAGCCAAAAACCAGCCCCUACCCCGGGUUCUCAGCUUCCCCGCCCGAACUAUUCAGCAGAAGCCUUAAAAGAAAAAGAAAAUCUUGCCAUCGGCAUUAAAAGAAAACGCGAUGGUAUUGAACAAGGAACCCUGAAGAAAAAGUUGGUGUUUUAGGUGAUGUGGUUUGGAGACCCUUGCCUGGUUUUUGCGUCAUGUGAACCCGUAGUGCUGCUGCAGACAUCCACUAAUAAAUAAUAAUGCAUUGGUCAACCUUUCAUGUAAUUAAGUGUGACUGCUGGAACGGACAUAUUUAUGUUUUGAUUGAACUUUUUUUUUUUUCUCGUUAUUUUUAUACACAGGGUAUGUAAUUAAAUUAUGCUGAUGACA